UUAAUUCUUGGAAAGUGACAAGAUUUUUUUUCCAGCUCUAGAAGUGAGACUGGAAGAUUUCAGCUAUUGCUGGUUAUUUGCAUGCUAAAAAGAUUGAUAUGAUCACAAGUCUAUACAUUACUGAUUUCUAAUGAGACUUUUUCUGCAGCUACAAGAAGAAAAUGCCAGACUAAGAAGCAAGAUUAACCAGCUUCUCUUCCUCUCUGAAACUCAGGCAGCCAAGGUAAGGACGCUUGAAAGAAAACUAGAAGAGAACAGGAUUAAAGAGCAAAAAGAGGCCCGGGAUCUAGAAGCAAUGGUGCAGCAUGUAGAACAGAAUCUCCAGUUGAUGACAAAACGGGCUGUGAAAGCAGAAAAUAAUGUUGUAAAACUGAAACAGGAAAAUGCAUUACUUCAGAUGAAGAAUUACAAGACAGAGAAUGAAGUCUUGAAGACUGGCCAGUCUGCUAGUUUGUCUGUAGUGAAACAAAAUGCAGCUGUUGCCUUACAGAAUCUCCUCAGCGUAAUUACAAAUUCACGCUCUUCAAUAAAGCAGUUGGUCUCUGGAGCAGAAUCAUUGCAGGUUGUUGCUGAACUCCUUAAAUCAAUAGACAGGAUUUCUGAAAUUUCAGAUGAUGGAUCAUGAAAGAACCACUAAAGGAAUGCUACCCCAAGAGUUCUAGAGUUGUUUACAUAUAGAAAUCACUAUUUUUAAAGAUUGUUUACUUUAAUAUUUAAAAAAAAGUAGUGUCUUUAAAAUAUGCAAGCUUUACCCUUAAUGUUUUUAUUGUGGGAGAAUUGUUAUGCAGUGGUGCAGUAUUAGUCUUCUUUACCUUGUAUCGACAGUACAAUGGCAGCAACUGGGUCUCUGAAACCUGAUCCAGCACAGCAUAUACACUGUGUUUUGCUGGAUUGGAACCUCAAAACCCAGCUAUUAUUCUUUGUGCAUGUGUCUCCCAUUAAAAUGAACUGGAGCCCUUGAUUCAAAACACUGUGCUCACUGCCUUUUUUCCUCAUUCCCUCUAGUAGUACUGUGUCAAAGUAUUUUAUAAAUGGUGGGAGCAAAUAAAUCUUUUUUGUAGGUAUUUUUUAGUGCCACGAAGGAUGAGGUAGAGAAAAUAUUUUAUGAACACUUGUAUAAUUAAAUAUGAAAGAGACAAUACAAUAAAUAAUACCUUAACUGUUUCAGUACUUCCUAAAUAUAUUACAAAUGCUUUUUAAUUGUGAUGUUUUUUAACCACACUUUAAAAAAGAAAAGAAAUUAAACUGCAAAUACUGUG